UGGCCUGACAUACACGAAAGGCAAAUUGGCAGCUAAAAACGCGAAUUAAACUAGGAUGAUGGACGAGCAGCUAAUUGACGAGGUGGCGCAGCACGGGGUGAUCUACAACCGGCAGAAGUACUACCUGAACGGCGGCGCCAACGGGGGCAAGUACGAGACGAAGGAUGAGGCCUGGCAGCUGAUUGCGAUGAAGCUGCGCACGGACGUGGACACGUGCAAGAAGCGGUGGAAGUACCUGCGCGAGCGCUACGUCUCCCAGCGGAAGCAGGGCGAUCCGCCCGUCUACGAACACCUGUCGCGUCCCUACCUGGAGAAGAUGAAGUUCCUGGACCAGCACAUCCAGCCGCGCAAGUCCUACCGCCACGUGCCCAACUUCCUCACCUCGCCGCAGUCGGCCAACAGCUCCAGCUACAAUGAGUACCAGGUGGUGGACAAGUCGAAUGGCUCCAUGAAGAAUGUGGGCCAGUUUGGUGGCUCCAACCAGGGCCACCACUACCACCAGCCGGAUCAGCAGCAGCAGCAGCACGCCAUGAGUGCCCUGAGCACUGCGGCAGCCUCGGCGCUGGAGAACGUCAAUGGCCAGGUGAAGAUCGAGGCGGAUCAGGUCUUCAGGGACUUUGCGGCCGCCGUCGCCUCCCAGCAGCUCCAGCACAUCUCACAAUCGCAAAUGCAGCAACAGGCGGCCGCCGUGGCGGCUGUGAUGGCCGACUCCUCGCAGGGCUACCAGGAUCAGUACAAAGACGGCUCCGUGGGCGCCCAGAAUGGGGCCCAGAACAGCGGUGGUAGCCUCACCUCCACCUCGUCCUCGAUGAAAUCACCGCUGUCUUCGCCGCUGCAAGGAAUCGGAGCGGGUUCUCUCAACCAUCCUCAGCAGCAGCAGCAACAGCAGCAACAACAGCAGCAGCAACAGUCACCGGCUUCUGGUCAGCAGCUUCCGGUGGUACAUUCCUCUUCCAGCGCCACAGGCCAGGCUUCCAUGCAAAUGCAGCAGCAAUACAACCCUAAGGGCGAUGAGCUGGAUUCGUCGGCAUCCAGCAACUUCCACAUGAAGAAACCCCGUGUUCAGCUCAAUGGCAGUGCCCACAAUGGCAGCCACUUUGGCAACGACUCGGAUGACGAUUCCGAUGACAAUAGCCAUGAUCUGAUGGAGCCGCAGGUGAUGAUGCAGCAGGAGAGCCACUACAGCAAUUCGAUGCCCAUGCAGCGGGGCAAUGGAAAUGGGAAUAACACGGGCAGUAAUAGCGGUAGCCACAACACCAGCGGCAAUAGCAAUCAGCAGCAGCAGCAGCACCAGAACAUGUUUCCCUCGAACACGGACUUCCUCUUCCAGUUGUACCAGCAGUUUCCACACCAGGCCAGCGGCUCACACCCCUCCAACUUUGGUAAAUUCCAGCCGCCGCCCAAUCAUCCGGGCGUGCAGCGAUUGUCGGAGCAUCUGCUGGGCGAACUGGUCACCACGGAGCUGCUUAAGAUGAGCAAGGAGCGGAAGAAAAGUGCACAAAAGCGAAUCCUAGAAAUACUCUUCUUCGACGAUUAAAGAAAGGGCUAGCCUAAACUAAGUUUCUGUAAAUAAUGUAAACUCCAUAACUUAUAAUUUAGCUGUUAGAUGUGCAAGAUUAUUUCCCACCAAGAAGGCAUUUGCAAAAGCUAGUCAAGACCAGCAAUUAGCCCAAUUGGGAUUCCCUAUAUGC